AUUAAACUGACUAUGCAAACAAUCAAAAUCCUUUCAUUUUCCCAUCAAGCUAAAAAUGCGUCAACUAACUCACUUGUUUUCUCUCACUAGAAAUGACUACCCCAAACAAGACCCCACCUGGUGCUGAUCCAAAGCAGUUAGAGAGGACUGGUACUGUUAGAGAAAUAGGCUCACAAGCAGUUUGGUCUCUUUCAUCCUGUAAGCCAGGGUUUGGAGUGGAUCAGUUACGAGAUGAUAAUCUAGAGACUUACUGGCAGUCAGAUGGAUCACAGCCCCAUUUGGUGAACAUCCAAUUUAGAAGAAAAACAACAGUGAAGACCUUAUGUAUUUAUGCAGACUACAAAUCUGAUGAAAGUUACACUCCAAGCAAAAUCUCUGUCAGAGUAGGAAAUAAUUUUCAUAAUCUCCAGGAAAUCCGGCAACUGGAAUUAGUGGAGCCCAGUGGCUGGAUCCAUGUUCCUCUAACAGAUACUCACAAGAAGCCCAUUCGCACCUUUAUGAUCCAGAUUGCUGUUCUCGCGAAUCACCAAAAUGGAAGAGACACUCACAUGAGGCAAAUCAAAGUGUACACUCCUGUGGAGGAGAGCUCCAUUGGUAAAUUUCCCAGAUGUACAACAAUUGACUUCAUGAUGUAUCGCUCCAUCAGAUAAAAUGUCCUCAUGAGGAAUAAUAAAGACACUAAGAAGAGAGAGGUAAUUGAGUGACCAGGACCUUGAGGAACUCCUGUUGUAACGAAGGACAGUACCUGUGUUUUGACUAAGUCAUGUCUGUGUGUCUUCUUAGUACCACAGUGUAAAUAAAAAAGGCAGAUGGCAGGAGAAGGAUAAAAGAGGUAUUUGCUGCUCCUGGUUUCUGAAAUGGAGAACAGCAAAACAUUUAUGUUUUGUUUAAAUUCGCAUAGGGAAUCUCUGGCAGAGCUGAAAGUUGAAGCCUUAUCAUCACUGUCUGUCUUCUCUUUUCACUGUGAAGCUGAUAUUUGGAUAAUGAUCCUGUUUCAAAGACAAUUUUUUCAGUAAUGCAAUUUCUGGAUGUAAUUCCAUUUAAAAGUUUAAACUGUACUUUGGGUUUUGCUUUUCUGGUUUAAUGUGUGGGGGAGAUGCUUUUGCCAGCACUCUUGACUGUUGAUGUACCACUGAAACUCUUCAGCUGAGCCUCAGUGCUUGUUCUUGCCUCCCUGAAGUAUCUUACUGGUGGUACUUGUUUUUCUUCACCUGUGUCAAAACAAUUUAGGGAAGUAAUUGAAACAUUAUUUAUGCUUGAAAUCUGUUUAUAUGUUAGAGAGAAACAGAUACUGAGAUUGCCAGGACUGAUUAGCAAAAAUUCAUGAACUUGGGCAUAAUGAAUGAAGUGAUGGAAGAGUCUGAAGGACCAUGGAGAGCUACUGGAUAUUGGGGAGGCAAAUUGUUGCUUCACCUAAUAGAGCAAGCCACAGCUCUAGGCAGUAGGUAAUUGCUUGAAAAAUCCCCACUUUUCAUACAGCAGUGGCCACCAAUAAUUGUAAUUGUCUUGUCUCAAGAGCUGCAAGUGAAACAGGUGCUCAGGCAAUUCAUGUCACCUUGAAGUGAGUCAGGGUGAUAGGACAGCCUCAUUAGAGCUGAAUUGCAUUACACACUAUAAAGAAAGAAGGAGAGUCAGAAGGUACUCUAGUAAACUUCUCAGGAAAUCCCAAAGACUUCAGCCAUUUGUCAACCAUAAAUAUGUGUCUUUGCUUCAAAAUGGUGAUUGGGUUUUCCUAUAACCUGUAUUUUCAGGAUGGGUUUGAUUAGUAAUAUAUAGAAGAGUUCAUUCCUCUGCCAGGCCUAAGUAAAAGAAUAAAUGGUCAUUAUAGCGUUACUGUGUUUUGCUGUGUAAAUGAAUUAUGGAGCGAAUUUUUAUUGGAUGUUUUUCUUGAAUUUACCAGUAAGCUCUGCACCUUUAGGAGAAUGUGUCUGAAUUCUUUGGGAUCACUGGAUGACCCAGACUGAGCUCAGCAUGUGCUUGCCUGCAUGGGGGGGAAGUAGAGGUGUGGGGCUCUGAAGAGCCCAUGGUUAUAGCAAACAGUGCAGUGCAGUGCUUUCAGAGCCUAACUUGUUUAAUUCCUGGUAACCUUCGCACUCUAAUUCCUAAAUGUUGUCAUUCUAUGUUAAUGGCUAAUUAACACUGAUGCAUUGAUUAAAAGAAUGCUUUGCAUUCCUUUGCAUGCAUACACAAAAAUAACCAAUAUUUAACUAUCACAUUACUUCUUUAAUUAAAUGCAAUAGUGGGUUUUUUUUGCUGGAGCAUGAGAUAAUAAUCUAAAUGCAAUUAAAAUGUUCAUAAUAUCAAGACUAUGUCCCUCUAAAGAUGGGGUUGCUGAGGCUUCCAGGCAAAGGUAUUGGGUGGUCUGCUGUUGGUUUGGAAUACUUAAGUGUUCUGGUUUAGAUCAGAAAGGUGUUAAGGUGCUUUUAUAAAGCUGCAUAAAGCAUCAUUAAACAUUGUUCAUGGAAGCAAAUUGAAAGUCAUUCUUCGCGUGACUUCUUUGCCGUAACUCCAGGUUGACAUUUCAAUGGGCUGUUUUACGUCAGCCCAACAAUUGCCUGUGACAGUUUCUCCAUUUGCACCAAAGAAUAAACCCCUCUUGCAGCACUCAACAGUAUUAGCGUGGUUUAGUUUAAUGGAAGAAUGGGGAAAAAAAAGCCCUGAACCCAAAGCCCAGGUAAUGAAAAUUAUGCUGAUACUUGAUGCUGCCAGAAGAUAUAAUCCAGACAUAAUUUUAUAUGAAGUGAGAAAGUAAGUUUGGGAUCACUGGAAACAUUAAAUACCUGAACUCUGAUCCCACUGAAGUGAAUUACUGCUCUUAAUUAUAAAUAGCUAUAUGAUUAUAAUGAUAAUAAUUAUAAAUAACUCUAGGGGAACAGUUUAGCCAAUAUUUAAUACUCUAAUUUAAGGAAAUUAAAUGGGAUCAGUGACUUCCCAGUUAUUUAGAUAUAAAGAGGCAAACCUGGAGCAGUUUUGGAAGUUUCUUUCUCAAAUGCUUCUUUCAAUUUACAAAAUUAGGAGUGAAUUCCAUACACAUGCAAUAUAGUAUGAACAUGUAAUUUGUUGAAAUAUUUUACAAUUAGAAGGUAAAAAUUCCUUGUAGAAGAUGAAAGCAUAAGAGCUCUUUCAACAUUUCACUUUUUGUAUAUUUAAUAUUCUUUGGUAUAUGACUGAUACUGUGUAGGUGACAAUGUCUAGCUUGCAGAAUGAUCUAAACAAAAUUCCUAAUGGCUGUUUUAUUUCAAUAUUUACCACAUUUUUGUACUGGCAUAUGAUCUGUAAUGUGAAGCACCAGAGAGGGAAGCUUCUAUAAAUGAUUCUCAUUAACCCUAGAAAAAACAUUACCAUGACAAGCAAAUAAUUUGUGACAAAGUAAUGUCUGGGCAUUUUAAUUAGAAAACACAUCAGGAAAGGAAUUGUCUUGUUCUCUGCAUUUGUGCAUUUCCUUUAAAAAGGUAUUUCUCUCUUUGCUUAAACUGACUAGAAAUUUCAAGUAAAAGGUAAGCUUACUGCUCUUUUGCAGAGGUUUAACCUGUUUGUCUACACAGCUGCUUCAGGUUGCUCUCCUGUUGCCAGUGAAAAUCAGUAUAAAAUAAAGAAGUGUUCAUUCUGGUGCUUCAGAGUAGAAUCUUUAAUCUGGGGCACACAUCUCUGAAGACAAUUUCUAUUAGGAACAAAUAAACCCAUACAAUCUAAUCUUUCAGUUGUAUUUAAUUGAAUCUUCAUGUUUUGGUUGGCAAAAUUUUUUAUUUUUUUUUUAUUAUAAUUUUUUACAAUGCUUUUAUCUUCAAAUGCAGUGUAAUUUUUAAUAUAAUACCUACUGCUAGGCCAGGAUCUCGUGAUCUCUUGUAUUCAGUAUUAAAGCUUAUUCUGCUUUUAGUUGAGACUAGACUUAAAUAUUUCAGAUGCUAUACUUAUCUGUUCUGUUACUAUUUCCCAUUAUUUGGCAGUUGACAGGAGAGAAUUACAGCACUUUGUAAAGGUGCAUUUUCCAUUGGAAAGGCGUGAGUGAGACAAAGUUUUAAACUGAAAUCUUACUGAAAGUUUCCAGGUUACUGUUAAUAUUCUAGCAGAGGUAGCUCAUCUCUCAGUACAAGUUAUGUAUAUCUAAUGAUUUUCUAUCAUUAAUCUAUUGAAAAACCAGGAGUCUUUAUAGUCUGUCACUUCUCAACUAUGUCUCAAGUUAUUCUAAACCUACCUAGUAGGUAGAGAUGUAAAUCUCAGUGGGAGCGCAUGUGCACAGAUGUUGCUGUAUCCUACAUUCCCAAUUCUACUUUAUUUCCAUGCUCUGAUUAUUCAAUGUAGUUUUUUAAGGCCUUAAAAUAAAGCAGUGAGGUAAGUAAUAAAAAAAAUUAUUUUUC